AUGCUGCCCCAAACAGCCCUUUUGCUGCUAAUGUCCUUGAACUUGGCUUAUGGAGUAUUUUAUGCUGAGCGAUACCAAACACCUACUGGUAUAAAAGGCCCACUGCCCAACACGAAGACACAGUUUUUCAUUCCCUAUGCCAUAAAGAGCAAAGGUAUACCAGUAAGAGGAGAGCAAGGUAUUCCUGGCCCACCAGGCCCAUCUGGACCUCGAGGGCACCCUGGUCCAUCUGGACCACCAGGGAAACCAGGCUAUGGGAAUCCUGGUCCCCAAGGAGAGCCAGGCUUGCCAGGACCACCAGGACCAACAACUAGUGGGAAACCAGGUCUGCCAGGGCACCAGGGAAAGCCAGGAGAGAGAGGACCACAUGGACCAAAAGGAGAUAUUGGACCAGCUGGUUUACCGGGACCACAGGGCCCACCAGGGCCACCUGGAAUCCCUGGUCCAGCUGGAAUUUCUGUUCCAGGAAAACCUGGACAACAGGGACCUAUAGGAGCCCCAGGACCCAGGGGCUUUCCUGGAGAAAAGGGUACACCAGGGGUCCCUGGUAUGAGUGGCCAGAAAGGGGAAACAGGCUAUGGUGCACCUGGCCGCCCAGGUGAGAGGGGCCUUCCAGGCCCUCAUGGUCCCAUGGGACAAUCUGGCUCUCCGGGAGUGGGAAAAAAAGGUGAAAAUGGUCUUCCGGGACAACCAGGAAUCAAAGGUGAUCAGGGUUUCCCAGGAGAAAGAGGACCAAGGGGCCCACCAGGUCCCCAAGGUCCUCCAGGGGAGCAAGGACCAGAAGGUACUGGAAAGCCAGGAGCUCCUGGGGCCCCAGGCCAGCCGGGAGUUCCAGGGAUGAAAGGAUGCCCUGGGGCUCCAGGAAUGGCUGGGCCCCCAGGGGCUCCUGGCAUUGGGAAACCAGGAUUGCCAGGCCUAAAGGGACAAAGAGGUCCUGUCGGACUUCCAGGGAUUCCAGGUGCCAAGGGGGAACAGGGCCCAGCAGGCCAUCCUGGGAAGCCAGGUCUUACUGGGCCCACUGGAAAUAUGGGGCCCCAAGGACCGAAAGGCAUCCCUGGGAGCCAUGGGAUUCCAGGCCCCAAAGGCGAGAUGGGGCCAGCUGGGACUGCAGGGCAACCUGGGGUGAAGGGAGAAAGUGGCUCCUCUGGGCUACCAGGGAAGCCAGGACUCCCAGGAGAACCAGGUAUCAAUGGACCCAAGGGUAACCCAGGGUUACCAGGGCCAAAAGGUGAUCCUGGACUUAGAGGACCUCCUGGUCUUCCAGGCCCUGUGGGCCCAGUGGGAGCUAAGGGAGUACCUGGAUACAGUGGUGAGGCUGGGCCAAGAGGGGCCCCUGGAAUACCAGGCACCAGAGGUCCUAUUGGGCCACCAGGCAUUCCAGGAUUCCCUGGAACUAAAGGCCACCCAGGAACUCCCGGUCCUCCUGGUCCAGCUGGCAUAGCAACUAAGGGUCUCAAUGGACCCACAGGGCCACCAGGGCCUCCAGGUCCCAGAGGCCACACUGGGGAGCCUGGCCUCCCAGGGCCCCCAGGACCCCCUGGUCCCCCAGGCCAAGCAGUCCAGUCUGAGGGCUUUAUAAAGGCCAGCCAAAGGCCUCUUGUCAGUGCCAACCUGGGAGUAACAGGAAUGCCUGUGUCUGCUUUCACUGCUAUUCUCUCCAAAGCUUACCCAGCUAUAGGUACCCCCAUCCCAUUUGAUAAGAUUUUGUAUAACACACAACAGCAUUAUGACUCAAGAACCGGUCUCUUUACCUGCAGGAUACCUGGAAUAUACUAUUUUUCCUACCAUGUGCAUGUGAAAGGGACCCACGCGUGGGUGGGCUUGUAUAAGAAUGGCACUCCCAUCAUGUACACUUAUGAUGAAUACGCCAAAGGCUACCUGGAUCAGGCCUCAGGGAGUGCCAUAAUCGAUCUCACAGAGAACGACCAGGUGUGGCUCCAGCUGCCCAAUGCUGAGUCAAACGGGCUGUACUCCUCUGAGUAUGUCCACUCAUCUUUCUCAGGAUUCUUAGUGGCUCCAAUGUGAGCAUAUUUCCACCAUAACAUAAAGCUGCUUGAAAAGGCAUUCCCCUACUCUGCCCUAACCCACAAAAUAUAUCUGAGGUAGGCUGAAAAAAAAAAAACAUGACAGAUCUUAAUUUUCCAAAAUACAGAUUUGAGCUUUCAGACCCACAAUUUCCCCCCAGAAAAAGUGAGCAGCAAUAGUAGACAAGAUCUGAAGACCCCCUCAAAUUUCUAGCCAGCAAUCCUAAGACUCUUUAAAGUCUUCUCAGAACUCCUUAUUUGAAAAUUUCACCAUAGAAGUACUGCUAAGUUAAAAGAACAAAAUGGCAAAAAAAAACCUUGAAAUGUGACACUAAAUUAUGAUAAUUUUGAUUUCAGAAACUCUGCAUUUCCUUUUAAAUAAGUCUGUUUCCAACAAUUAACAAGAGAACUUCUAGGAAACACUCAGGAGGUGUCAUGUAUCUUUACUGAACUAAAUACUUGUAUAUUGAAAUUUAAAAGACAGUUUGUACCCCAAAUCUUUCUUUCUAGA